AUGGGGUGCUUUGCCAGUAAAGAACUAGACAUAAAUGACCCUUUAUACAAGGCAAAACAAGCAGACAGAGCCAUCACCGAAGCUCUAAAUCAAUCCAAUAAACAGCGGAAAUGCAAGAAAAUCCUUAUUUUGGGAGCUGGUGAAAGUGGGAAAUCAACGGUGUUGAAGCAGUUGAAGAUCUUGCACAAAAAUGGCUUCAGUCAUGAAGAGAGGGCCAAGUAUACCCAAGUAAUCUGGGCCGACGCUGUCACUUGUAUGUGUGUAUUGGUUGCGGAAGCAAGAAAAGCAAAGAUUCCACUAGAAUGUGAUCAGCUUACCAGCUCCUUAAAAAUACAUCGUUAUAACUUGUCAAGCUAUCAGAGAAACAUAUUGAUGAAUAUUGAUACUGACGCUGCGGGAGGCAACAAAUUCAUCAACGAUUACAUCACAAAAUAUGGUCCUGGAAGUCAGUUAAAAAGACAGAAAGAUAGCACCGGAAGAACCGAAGCAUUUGACGAGAAGUUAGACAAUGAAGAAACUGAUACACUUUUCUUUAAUGAAUCAAUAGGAUAUAAGAAAAGUGAAGAAUUUGAUAGUGAUUCAUUGGAAACUUCUGAUGCAAGAACUACCAACAACAGCAACUUGGACGGCAAUUUAACGGGAUUCCUUGGAAAAAAUCGGAAUAAUAACUCAGCAAAAGUGGUAUCAAGAUAUGAGGUGGCUUUGGCAAUUUAUGAGCUUUGGACCAAAGAUUCUGGAAUUGCAAAAAUAUGGGCCCGUCGCAAUGAAUUUCAAAUGGAAUCAAAUGCUGAUUAUUAUUUCAACAAUAUCAUGAAUUUUGUAGAUGAGCACUAUCUUGCUACCGAUUCUGAUAUUUUAUCUGCGAGAAUUAAAACCACGGGAAUUCAAGAAAGUCUUUUCACCAUCAAUGGCGAAGAUUUUAAGAUAUUAGAUGCCGGUGGUCAAAGAAGCGAGAGAAAGAAAUGGUUGAAGUCAUUUGAAGAUAUUAGCGCCGUGCUUUUUGUAUUGGCAGUCCUGGAAUACGACCAGGUACUAUUCGAGGAUAAUAAAGUAAAUAGAAUGCACGAAGCUAUGAUGUUAUUCAAAACUUUGGUCAACUCUCGAUGGUUUUACAAUACACCGUUCAUUUUAUUCUUGAACAAAACUGAUUUGUUCGAAGAGAAAAUCAAGAAAUCUCCCAUGAAGAGAUACUUACCUGAUUUUAACGGUAAAGUUGGUAAUUUUGAGGAAGGAAUGAAGUAUUUUGAGGAUACCUUCUUGAGAUUUAACCGGACCAAAAAGAGCGUAUACGUUCAUAGAACCUGUGCCACUGAUACCAAAUUGAUGAAGUUUGUAUUGGCUGCAGUAACAGACUUGAUCAUUCAAGAUAAUUUAAGAGCCACUGGAAUGAUGUGA